AGAGGAGUGUGUGCAUUUGAGUGUGUGCUCUUUAUCUGGAUCUGCUCCACGGCUUUCCACGGGCCACGUCACGGAGGGGGAAGAAACAGAUUCCUGAGCUCUGCCUCUGCUCGAGUUUCCUGCGAUCACAUCCUCAGCUCCACUACAGCGGACCAGACGCAGCGCUUUCCCCACUACAACACACUAAACCGGCUUUUCUUACAAAAAUGAUGUUUCGAUGUUUCCCCGUGCUUUUCCUCCUGGCUGUGGUGUACUGUCAUGCCGAGCAGGAGGCUCAGAGCAAAUCAAAGGUGUGUGCGAAUGUGUUCUGUGGCGCUGGAAGAGAGUGUGCCGUGAACGAGAAAGGAGACCCCAGCUGUCUGUGCAUUGAGCAAUGCAAAGCUCAUAAGCGCUCAGUGUGUGGCAGUAAUGGUAAAACGUACCGUAACCACUGCGAACUGCACCGUGACGCCUGUCUUACUGGACUCAAGAUCCAAGUGGCCCAUGAAGGACACUGCAAAGAAAAGAAGAAGGAGAAGGCUGCAGCCAGCCCAGUUGUGUGUUACGUUGCGGAUCGUAACGAGCUGCGCAGACGUGUGAUCGACUGGCUGCAGACAGAAGUUGUUCCAGACGGCUGGUUCACCAAGGGCUCCAACUUCACUGAUAUCCUCCUCAAGUACUUCAAGAAUUAUGAUAAUGGAGACACUCAGCUGGAUUCUUCAGAGCUGCUCAAGUUCAUUCAGCACAAUGGGACCGCCGUUCAGAUGAACUCUUACGCUGAAGAGGAGAACAACCGUCUACUCAGGAGCCUUUGUGUGGACGCUCUUAUCGAGCUCUCAGACGAGAAUGCCGACUGGAAACUGAGCUUUGAUGAGUUCCUCAACUGUCUGAAACCAGGCUUCAACCCUCCUGAGAAGAAAUGUGCUCUGGAAGAUGAGACCUAUGAGGACGGCGCCGAGACACAGGUGGAGUGCAACCGCUGCGUCUGCGCGUGUGGAAACUGGGUCUGCACCGCCAUGACCUGUGAUGAGAAAAGCCCUGUUAUUGACACUAAUGGGGAUGAGGAGAUGACUGAAGAGGAGUGGACCCGCCGUGUGGCUGAACUCAACAAGCAUCAGGAGACUGUGGAGAAGAUGAAGACCAGCACAAAGGAGGUCUAAAACAGGACAGAGGGAGACGAUGUGGACGAAUUCCUCUCCUACUGAUCACAAUCAGGAUUCCUGAGAUUACGUACUGUCAUUGGAAGAAUCACAGUAUUUUCAAUAGAUAGGUUAUUACUUUUAUUGCUAUAUGUACUGCAUCUACUCUCUGGUUAAUGUGUUUUACAUUACGCUUGUAUUUUGCUACAUAUUUCAUUAGCUUCUCAUUCUUUUGUAUGUUCAUAUGUCUUCGAGUGCUGUAAAUUGUUUAAUUGUGUCAGUCCAAACGAUGCCGAAGAGGCCCCAGCACUUUGUUAUGGGGGCCCUUGUUUUAUUCACUAUUGUUUGAUUUUAUGUAUUAUUCUGUAUACCAUUUAUUUGUUUGUCUGUCUACAGUUAUAUGUGGAAAUGUUUAUUUUUUAUUUUAUUGAGACAAUGGAAAGGGUUCGAGAGUGAUGCCGAGAGAGCAAAACAACACGGGUUCAUCCAUCAAACUGUGACUUCAGAGCUUCAGAGCUAGAAAUAUCCCUAAUUCAGAUGGUAGAUAGUCAUGCUAAAACAACAACAAACUAGUGAAAGCUCGCUUGACAGAGACAAAUGUGACUUUAAAGAAGCUCGCUCUCUCUUUCACUCUCAUCACGAACGCAGUCAUAGUCUUGAGACCUUUCGUAAAGGUGCUAAUGUUAGAAUUCCUCGGUUUGCGGCUUUGCUCUUAUGCUUUAGAUGGUAGAUGCGCUCAUCACACACUAGAAGCAGAGUGUGGCUCAGUAAAAUAGAGAGGCGAUAUCUUUGAAUUUUAAAACCCACCAUGUUAUUACUUGACAAACAUGCCUUUUCUGCCAUGAGCGAUUGCAUCGAAAGUCCUUCGAUCAGAGUAGAUCAGCUCCGUAGAUUGAAAGAAUACCGCUGCACAAAUGCAUUGAGCUUGUAUUUAUGUUAGUUGCUAGAGGCAUUUCAUGCUGAAACUCUCUCACUGUGUUCCGUCCCACUUUAAUGAUCAGUGUGAAUCGACGAAAAUGAUCUAACAAGCCAGGUUUUUACGAAAUAAAGCAGUUUAAGCAGUUGAGGUGGGACUGAGUACAGGAGGAGUGAUCUGAAACCAAAGCCUGAUGUUUAGGAUGUUUUAAAUUGUUGUGCGAAAACCUCCAGGUAUACCACUACUCUGGACCCAGCAACUACGUUAUACCUGUUACGUAAAAUAACUGUCAGAAUAAGGAUUAGAGUCGCUAUUGCCUCUGUAGUGUAGUUGCAUUCCCACCGAAUUGGGAGAAUUUGUGUGCGUGUGUGUGCGAGCGUGCGUGCGUGUGUGUGAGCUUGUUUAAUUUCCACUAAAUUCCACUAACAGUACGAAUCUUUUGCGGUAAUUAGUGCCUUAUAUACAAACAGUGCGCCACGGGUGAAGUGGCUCCUUCUGUAUAAACCACCCAAUAUAGGACACAGUGCACAAGAACUUUCCAGUAUUAUGGUAGACACCUAGACAGCCUUUUAUAUGUCUGUAUGAUUGUUUUAUUCAAUGGGGCAGAAUUAAAACAUUUUACUGAAAAAACCCUU